AUGCCAGUCCCUUCCGGCUAUGGAGCUGUUCCAGGAGGAAAUCAGCCAAAUUGCAUGGCCAAGGUAUGUAGGAAAUUUGCAUCAUUUUUAAUAUUUUCCUCUUAGCAAGUUUCUAUUCACACAUUUUCAGAUAAGAAUGGGUUUGAUGAUGGGAGCCAUGAUCGGCGGUGCUACAGGAGUCUUGUUAGGCGGUUUCACAGGUCUCCGGAUGGGUUACCGUGGAAAAGCAUUACUAGUUCAGGUAUUCCUUGUAAUUCAGUAUUUUCUUUUCUUUCUAAUAAUAUAUUUCAUUUUUUUUUCAAUUGGAUUUUCAAAAGGAGUUUAGAAUGAGAAAAUGAUUGUUUGAGUUUACAGACGGGAAAAGUUGUCGCUCAAUCGGGUCUUUCUUUCGGCGUUUUCAUGGGCGUCGCACAGGGUCUUCGUUGCUGA